AUGUUGGAUCAGGAAAAUGUGAAGCUUAAAAGGAUAAACGAAAAACUCCUGUCCAUGCUAAAUAAGUACAGGUGCGCAUAUUUGAUGUCUCUCGAUAUUGUAGCGUUUUACGAAGAGGUAAUCAGAAGGAGAUGCAGAGAAGGUGGAGGGAAGGACCUUCUGGAGGGACAGAAGAGGAGGAAGCAGUUGAAUGACACAUGGGAGGAAGAAGUGGUCUUAAGAAAGAAAUUAAAAAUGAAGUUACCAGGGAAAGAAGCCUCUUUUGAGGUGACGCUGUGUGGGGGCGUCGGCGAGGGGGUAGACAGUGCGCGGGGCGUUUGCCCCCCGUUGGCAGGAGGGGAAGACUGCAGUGAUGAGAGGGAUAGUUCGGGCGAUACGCCCGCAGAAGCGGCAGUAGAAACGGCAGUAGAUACGCCAACAGAAACGCCAGUAAAUACGCCAGUAGACACACUCAACGCAGUGCCUACUUCUGCGACCAACGCCCCCCACGCAGCUCACCAGCCCGGGCAGGGAAGCUCCAACGCCAUCCUCCACGAAAGGAACAAAUCCAACUACGUAAACCUGGGGGCCCUAGACUUCAGUGCAUACAGAGAAGACUCCGAAGGUUACGUAAAGUAUUUCGAAAAGAAGAAAACGCAGUUGAGCAAUGAUAAGGUGAGCACAGAAGCAGAACCAAAUUACAACAACGCUGGUAGACAGCUACACCAGUCAGAGUUCAGGAAGAGGCCUCUCUUUAAUCAGUCCGUUUAUGGGUCAAAACAGAGCGUAAUUAAAGCCUCUCCCAGCAGGGUGCUGCCCUACAGCCAUAAAAGCAUAUACAUGGACAGGCACCCCAAAUUCCAGGGCGCCAAAAAGGAGGACGCUCUCACGAAUAGGAGUGUGUAUGUUAGUGGAAGUGGGAGCGGCACCGGGAUGAGUAACUUGCUGAGUAAGCACGUGGGGGUCCCAAGGAAAGUUGUAAAAAAUGAACCGCACAAAGGGAGCUUCAUCGCGCCGUCCCAUAGGCCAAUAACUCACUUGAAUAAGAGCGUCUAUGUAGACACAAAAGGGGCCCAUAACAGGGGCAGCAAUUUGAGCGAAGGGUUGGGUGGGACAAACAAGGCUACACUGCUAAGUAGGGAUAACUUGAAAAAGGUCAGCACGGUGAGCAGGCCGAGCGGGUUGCAAAAUAGCGUUUACGUGAAGAGGAUGAACUCGACCAUUGGUAGUGGCGGUGGCGGCGGUGGUCCAAUCAGCUUUUCCCCCCCCCAUGCCAGCAAGGGCGCCCCAAACAAAAGCGUAUACAUGAGAAGCAACACACUCGCGAUUGGCAACAAAAAGAGGAAAACAAGCGAAGGGGAAGAAAGUUUCAAAUGUUUGUCGGCGAACGAAAAGGUUAAAGCUGAAGGGAAGGUCACUCAUUUGCACGAUGGGAUGGCGGCUGAGGGGGAGAAGACAUCCAGCGGAGAUGGUUGUAUCGAGGAGGAAAAUACCCUAGAUGGGACUCUCGAGGAAGAAAAGAGAAAAGAGAGCCCCAACAUGGUGGCAUACUUUCACCUUUCAUAUGAACCAUUGACUUUGAAAAAUGUUGAGCUUUUAAUGGGCAGCGAAAUUAUCGAUGGGGAGCAUUCCCUUGGUGGUAGCUCACUUGGGGAUGACACAAGCUCAGUAGAAAACGCCAAACGUGGAAAAGACUAUACGAGGGGGUGGCCACCCAGGACAGAAGGUUACUCAGCUGGGGGGGAAGAGCCCCAAGAGGGGGAAAAACGCAACGCGGGAGAUGUGCCUCUUAAGAAGGAAGCAGUUUCGAAUUUGGCGCAGAAAGGUGAGGAGAAGAGUUCCCUUCACUUAGGGGAGGUAACCCCUGUUGGGGGUGACAUGGAUAGCCAUUCGGGGGGGGAGAAAUUGGGUAUUAAACGUGCCUCUUUGCUGGGGAGAGAAGGAAGCAUCCCCCCAGGUGAUCGCGUGAAUGGGCUAGAUAAGGAUCACCCUGUGGGGGGAAGCAACAUGAAGGAGGAUGACCCAGAUAUGGAGAGGAGGAACAAAAACGACCACAUACAACCUCUUAACCAUCUCAGUGGUUGUGACCAAAUAGGGAGAGCAAAACGGACCAGCAGUGAAAUGCCCCUAAAAUUUCAAAACAUCAUUUUGAGCAUAAAUGAUGAAAUUAAAAGGAAGUUACAAGGGGGAUGUAGUGAAAAGGGUGAAGUUUCUAGUGCAUCAAAAUGUAAAGAAGCAAAUACAAGUGGGGCCAAGCCUUCAUUUACUGCAUCAGUGAGGAAGAAUUUGCUGCCGUGUGGAGAGAAUACCAACGCAGGGGUGGAGAUAGAAAGGAGUGUCAAUAACAACAGAGCGAAUCUACACAUCCAAAUGAGCACCACUGUAGGGUACGUUUCUCUGGAUAUGGUUGACCUUGAUAAAGCUAUGUACGAGGGUCUCUUCCUUUUCAAAGACGUGGAAAGGAGUUUCAUUCCGAGUGAGCAAAACGUAAAAGAUAUAGCCAUGUACGAUGAAAUUCUUAAGGGGGAAGCAAAGGGUAGCAGUAACAACACCUCUCCGCACAGCAAAAUCAAUAGUAACCAAUUAGGGCUUAGUGGAACGAGCCAAAGGAGCCUGUUCAAAUCGUCUCAGGAGGUUAAAAACGAAAUGAUGGGAGUUUUAGGAGUGUCCAUUUUUUACUCUGUCAAUGUGGAGUCCCUCUUUCCAUCAGUUUCGCUAGUCAACGAUGAAAAGCUAUCAUUGUGGUUCACCAAAAGGGUGAGAGAGAAGAAUGCGCACAAACAUGCCUUAGCCAAAUCUUUCUGUAGGGGUAGUAACCCCUUUGGGGGGAGAAUCAAAAAGAGGCUAAGUUGUAUGGGCUACUUCACCCAGCCAGUGACCAUCAUGUUGUGCUCUUUAAAACGACAAAGUGAGUUUAAAAAUUUGAAGAAAAUAGUUUCGGCGGUUGUUCUCUGCACAUGCGAUUCUACCACCUUAGAAAAGAUUUUGCACACCAUACCGGAAGCGAGUAGCAAGCAUUUUUCCCUUUGGACGGAGGCCUUGCAUAGGCUGGAAAGCCAGCUGGGGCCGAAGAGGAAAAGGAGCAUAAUUCGGAAGCUGUUGCGAGCAGGUGGGGGGGAAGAUGCACGGAAAGGCGAUAACAGGGAAAACGCACAUCUCGCCAAUCCACGUGACAGUGACCCCUACGGGGAGGACUCCGAAUCAGAUGAUAACGACGAGGAUGACGACCAAACGGGAAGGAAAAACAAACACGAUGAUCAAUUUGAGUUGAAGACGUACGAUUUUAUGAAGGGAAUGAAUACGUAUGAUGGUUGUCUAAGUGAUUCAUUUUCCUCCAAAGGGGUGGAACAGUCAGACAGUGCAACACACACACCGGUGUCUUCUUCUAGAGGAACCCUCACCCGGGAGAAGCAAAAUGAAGAGCAUUUCGAAACUUAUGAAGAUGAAGAAUUCUGCCUAUUCAUAUGUACCAUCCCAAAUGCCCACAAGCGAUUUCGCUACCUUCUGCUGAUAGAGAAUUUUAAUUUUAUUUAUGAAGAUUUGUUGAAGCAUAUUCAGAACAAGUUAAUCACCAUCGAGUUGAUAGCGAGUAAGCACCUACUCUUGAAGCAGCUUUUCUGUAACAUUUUAUUUUUGUGUAAUUGGCUAAAUGAGCCCAAAACGUACCGCUGGUUUCAGUGGGACACAGUUGUGAGGAAGGUAGAGAUGCUUCAUGGGUAUUUAGAAAAUGGGAGGAUAUCGAGGGAUAGAUGCAUGCUGCUUCUCCUGGCGCAACACACGGGGGAGAUUUUCAGCGACAAGGAACUCCACGAGAUGAAGAAGGUUAGCAAGUUUCACGUGAAGGACCUCUACGACAGGUCCAUCGAUUUUAUUAACUCUUUCCUGGAGUUGCGCGGAGAAAUGGGCACCGCGGAGUUUGCCCGCAGCUGCUGCGUGGGGGAAGUCCCCGCGGAGGUGGAAGCGGAGGUAGAGGCGGAAGCGGAGGAGGAAGACGCUGUGGGAAACCUGCUGAAGGACAAAUUUCCCGAAAAGGUGCACCAAUUUGUAGAAGAAGUGUACGGGAAAAUGCUCCUAAUAAUUUCGCGGCUAGUCCUACUGAUAAAGCAAUACUUAGCACUUGUCAUAUGGCUGGGAGACAUCAGGCCGUUUUACCCUCUCUUUAGUUACGUGGAUAAAACGAGGAAGGUGAAAUACUCACAGGAUUUGUUCGUAAAUUUGGUGGCCUUCUUCGAGUCCUACAAUAAGUAUAUUCAUAUGAUCCAAAAGGAUAACGAAAUGGGUAAGAACAGCGAAAGGAAGAGACAUGCACUGUUGGAUGGUGACACGAGCAGCUGUUCUUCCCGACCGGGGUUCUACUCGCCCACUUUGGAUGAUGCAUCUCUGCAGGUGGGCGGGAAUUUGCGCGGCACGAACGGGUUGGAACGUCCCGGUGGAGCCAGAAGGGCGGUUGAUGGGAACGCGGGGGGGAGGAAAAGUGACCAUGGCGGGGCGGUGAACAUGUAUGGCGAUCCGUUUGGUGACUCCUCCAAAGCGUUAAACACGGAGGUUAAAAAGAGAAAAUCGCUGACGAACACCGUGGAUUACGCGUGCGAAGUGAAGCGGAAAAGCGUGGAGAAGGAAAGGAGACGCAGAUCUGUUAGGCAGACGAGUUUCGAAAAGACGUGUGAGGCGGACUUUGAGCUGUCCGACUAG